CCCACAUUUUCUCUCUUUCAACAGACAACCGUUAAAACAGUAGCCAACACUUUCGCACCUCAUCUCCAUCUCCUUUUAUCAAGAACCUUGGUCAAACUUCAUUUUCUUCACUUCACAAGUCAUGCGUUUGGGAGUUAAUUUUACGCAUGCUCUCAGCAUGCAAUGAAAUAAAGAAAAUGGCAGACGAAUCUUUAUCUCCCGGUGAUCUUUUUUGUUAUGAAGAUUUUCUUGGUGAAUUGGCAGUAGCAGAUGAAGAUGAUACAUACAUUGAUAUUACAAGGACUUAUGUUGGUGACCCAGAUUCGGAAGACGAGUAUUUGACGUUGUUGGCUAAUCGAGAGCCUCAUCAAGGUUUUAAUGCUAAUGAAACUUUGGUUCUUGAUGCCUCGUUUAGAACUGCCCGCUUGGAAGCUAUUACAUGGAUUCUCAGAACAAGAAAAAACUUUGGUUUUCAUUUUCAUACCGCAUACUUGUCAAUGAUAUAUUUUGAUCGGUUCCUUUCAAGCCGUUUCAUUGAUAGAAAUUAUACUAGGGUAGUUAGCUUGAUAUCUGUAGGCUGUAUUUCUUUGGCCGCAAAGAUGGAGGAGGUACGAGUACCCUCUUUACCACAGCUUCAAACAGAAGGAGUUACAUUUGAAAGCACAAAUGUUGAAAGAGUAGAACUUGGAAUACUGAGUACAUUACAAUGGAGAAUGAACUAUGCAACUCCCUUCGCUUUUCUUCGCUAUUUCAUAAUAAAAUUCUCCAGGCAGGAUUCUCCACCAAGGGAAACGGUAUCUAGGACCGUGCAAUCCAUUUUGGCUUUAAUGAGAGAGAUACAUUUGAUGAGCCAUCGACCUUCGGUUAUAGCAGCGGCUGCCACAUUAGUGGUAUUAAAUAACAGCUUAACAAGAACCACAUUGGAGACCCAGAUGAAUUCAAUUGCUUAUCCAGGAUUUCUUAAUAUUGAAGAGGUGUUUCAAUGUUACAAUCUACUGCAGCAAUUAGAUGUGGAAAACCUUCACACACCAAGAAAUGUAAAUUCGGCUAGUAGGAGUAAUGACAUCAAGAGACGAAGACUUCAAUUUGAUAAUGAUGGCCCUGCUUAAAAUCAAGGGUAACUGAAUGAAACACUUAGAUAGAGGAAAAGAUUGUUUGUGAUACUUAGAUAGAGGAAAAUAUUGUUUGUGAUAUGAUUUUUCUUAAUGAUUUUGUUCUUUGCCUAUGGAUAUAAUUCGGAGUUGAUUGAAACUGUCUCCUCAAGAAGCAACCGAAGAAAGGAGACACAGAGAAAGGAAAAGGAGAAAAAGGCAACACUCUGGGUUGCAUAUAGUAAAAGCUGAUAGUGUUGUUAGUAGACCAAUGCCAUAAGGUGGAAAGAAGAUUAGAGGGCAGGGGAAAGGUCUAGAAGACUGCUUGUUAAAAAGUUGCUUCAUAUGCUUACUCACAUGUUCAAUUCUUUUUUGCAUAAUUUUUUGGUCAUUUUAACUUUUCUAUCUGGGUUUGGGUUUAUAAUGUCUCUUGCAACCCUACCUUUUGAUGGGAUGCUUUCUUGUGUCUUUGAAAAGGCUGAUAGCAGAUUGAGGGCUUGUGAUAUGAGCUUGGGGGGGGGGGAGCUAGUUCUGUUUGUGUGGUUUGAUGAAACAGUGCCGCAUGCUAGCCAUCAGAAAAGCAGUGUAAAGGUGGAUGUGAUUGCAUUUGCUUGAAUGUUUGGGGGUUGCCUUUCAUAGCGGGGCCUGCUUUAUUUCUCUCUGAAGCCCCGUUGGCUUUAUUGAAGUUUGAGAGGGGUCAUCAGACCCAAAAGGAAUUUCCAUGUUUGUGAUUAUACAUUGAUGGAACAGGUUUUCGCGCCUGUAAACUACAUUUUCCCAAGUCAUUUUAAGUUCCAAUACUGAUAUUAUUGCUGUGA